AUGGGCGGUCGUCCUAUUAAUGCACCCAUGCAGGCGGUUGGCGGCACGAAGGGCGGCCCCGUCAUCGCGCUCGGCAGCUACCAGAAGCUCUGGCCGGCCCUCGGCCCUGUCAAGCCGCCCGAGGGUAUCGACGUAACAUCCUUCGCUGAGGCAGACCCGCCGCUCGCUGGCAUGCCCACAGAUGGUUGGACUGUCAACUCCGCAAACGUCUAUCCCGACGACGACCUCGGCACGCCCGUGCAGUUCCACUAUGAGGCGACCAACUGCAAGCUAUUCUAUACCUGGGACACGUUGACCAAUAUGACUAGCCUGUGGUCUGCGGUGGCGGACGUGAAGUGGAACGGGGCCAGGUGUGUCAAGGGCUCGACGACCAACGACGACGGCACGAUGGGCACGUCAACCCCGGGCUACUCCGAGAAGGUCUUGUCGGGCUUCGCGUGGGCUGCUGGCCCCGGCGACGUAGCCGAGAGACCGCGGUCUGGUGGGAGCAACAACGACAGUGCCGGGACGGGUGAUAAAGACAAGAACGCUGCUGGCUCCCUACGGGCUUCUUGGGGCGUGAUGUCUAUCGCGGUUAUCGCGACGACGGUUCUAGAGUCUGUCAUGUAG